GGGGCUAGAGUUGUCUAGUUGCUCUUACUCCAGGGCAGAUAAGGCUCCUGGAAAGCAGUUUCCCUUCCUGGCAGGCUUGUGUUAGGAGAACAGAAUGCUCUGGGCUUCCAGAAUGGUUACAAUCCUCCCGGGGGUUUUUGAAAGUGGUUACUUUUCCCUCCCCAGGCUGAAGCAUGGGGCUAGUUGUCCCAUCUUCACAGUGACAACUGGGUGGCUCCUGGAGGUAAACCCCAGGGAAGUGUGGGCUUGCCUGGCUAGGGAACCCCAAGAGUUUGCACUCUCCCAGCUAGUCCACAUCCAGGCACCAGCAAGUCAUCAAAGACUGAAGUGUUCCUACCAGCUGUGGGCGCCAAGGCCUCUUCUGCUCCUGGAGGGAGCAUGAGCCAAAACUGCACCCUCGAUGCCAUGGACGAGAAGGUAUGGAUCCUGCAGCUGGCGGUCUACAUCCCCACCUUCCUCCUGGGCCUCGUCCUCAACCCGCUGGCCAUCUAUAAGUUCAGCUCCUACCUGAGGAAGGGACAGGAGGAUUAUGCCGCCACCUCCAUCUACAUGAUCAACCUGGCUGUCUUCGACCUUGUGCUGGUGCUGUCACUCCCAGUCAGGGCGUACCUGUCAAAGCCGGGCCACUCCUCGCCCAAAGCGUACUGCACGCUGGUGGAGUGCCUCUACUUCAUCAGCAUGUACGGGAGCAUCUUCACCAUCUGCUUCAUCAGCGUGGACAGAUUCCUGGCCCUCCAGUUCCCGAUGUGGGCCAGGAACCUCCGGACCCCCAGGAUGAUCACAGGGAUCUGCUGCAUCCUCUGGGUCUCCGUGUUGGCAGGGAGCACCCCCGUCUACAAGUUCCAUGAGGAAAAGGACCUAGAGGCCACAUGUUUCCGCAACAUGAGCAAGAGCACCUGGAGCACCGGGGUCAUCAUCCCCCUCGAGGUGUUCGGCUUCCUUCUGCCCAUGAGCAUCGUGGGGUUCUGCUCCUUCAGGACCAUUCAGGUCCUGCUCCGCUGUCAGGACGAGCACUGGGCCCAGCACAAGGCCUGCAUCCGGACCAUCGCGGCCAAUCUGGCUGUCUUUGUGGUGUCCUUCCUUCCCGUCCACCUGGGCUUCUUGCUGCAGUUCCUGGUGAGGAAUGGCGUCAUCGAGCAUUGCGGAGCCAAGUGGGCCAUCAGCUGCUUCUUGCAGUUGUUCCUGUGUCUCUCCAACACCAACUGCUGCCUGGACAUCUUCUGCUACUACUAUGUCAUCAAAGAAGUCCGCAUGGGCAUCAAGCUCCGCUGGCCUUCCAGAGUCUUGCUGAGCACCAGGACUCCAGGACCACCAGGGCCUAAGGGAAGAGGCCUCGGGAGCAGGAAGCUCCGCCCCUCGCCCCACUAAUGGAGACCGCAUCCCAUGCCAAGGCUUUCUUUUUUUUUUUUAUUUUUUAUUAAUUUAUUUUUUGUAUCAUUAUUCAUUUUUAGACAAUAUUUGCUUCCCCCCCUCCCAGGUGCAGUCCCCGUAGUUUCCUGCCCCAGUGCCCCAUGCACCAUCACCACAGUCCUCUGGGCUCCGCCCUCCCCACCCUCCGGCCCUCUCCCGCCCCCUCCCAAGGCUUCUGACAUGGCGAUGACAUGUGGCGCAUCCCUAGGGUCCUUCCCUCUUGCUGCGCCUCGAGUGCCGUCUCACUCACUGUGCCCCAAAGACCUCUCCCCAGCACCCAGACAGCUCAACACAAACCACCCGCUGUGUGGGGACCUCCGAGGAACCUACAAAGCAGGGCAACGCUUGCUUGCCAGCCCCACAAAGCAUGAGGUGUAGACUACAAGAGGAUGAGAGCACCUCGACAAGACCGUUUCCCUUGCGCCUGCCUGUCCGUGAGACUAGAAGAUUCCGGAAGGGACAAGAGAGGGGCUAGGAAAGAAUCAGGAGGGCUGGGACGGGGGAGGGUUUCUGGCAAAGACAGGGCAGUAGACUAUAGUGACUCAAACCCCUUUUGAGUUUGGGGGUGCCAGGGUGGAGCAGGCUUGCCUUUUCCAGUCCUUCCUGGAGCUCUGGCGGUCAAUGACCUCAGAGAUGACAGCAAGUAGGUUGCCUGGGGCACACAGAGAACCCCAAGUUUCCUGUAGGCUUUAGAAAGGGCCAGGUGCCCAGCCAAACCUUCCCACGCCCGCGAGAAGGCUGCAGGACUGGGGGCGCUUUGUGGAAGCAGUGGGGACAGAGCGGAAAGGUGCCAAUGACCCCCGAGAGCCACAGGGACACAGGACGGGCCUGGGAAAGGUGCCCGCCAAGGGCUGGGGUGGAGAGCCCCCCCCCCCACGGCGCCUGCCGCAUGGAGACGGGGCGCUGGCCCGCGGGAGGGGACGACCCCGGACGAGAGCAGCUGCUCUCCUGACCACGCCGGCGCUGUGACCGGGACUGUUUCCUGAGGACGACGAGAACCAACCAGGCUUGACCGGGGCCAGCCAGAGCACAAGGCAGGGGCGACUUUCUCGCCGC